AUGGGUCAGUGGAAGUUGGCACAGCUUGUCGGUGAUGCCAAUUCAUAUGCAUGCCCGUAUCUAGUUGAUGGAUACUUUCUGAGGGAUUGUGCUACCGGCGAUUUUGGUUCAGUUGCACCAGCUAGGUGCUUUGUGGAACUGAGUUGGUACCGUCGAAUCAGUGAGUGUGUGACAAGAAUGGGCAGAGGGAGAGCAGAUGGGAAACCGAUAAAUCGGUUUGUCACAAUUGUGAUAGUUUUAGUGAUUGUUGGUGCUUUACUUUACCUGUAUUCUAGGAAUUGGAGUUCAUCUUCCAUUGAAUAUAGUAGCAAAUCUUUAACAUUUGGAGAAGAUGAUAGUGCUAUACCGAAGACCAUUCCAGUCUGUGAUGAUCGUCUCUCAGAGCUAAUUCCGUGUCUAGACAGAAAUUUCAUUUACCAAACAAGAUUGAAGCUUGAUCUGACUUUGAUGGAGCACUAUGAGCGACACUGCCCAAUGCCUGAGAGGCGCUAUAAUUGUUUGAUUCCCCCUCCUCCAGGGUACAAGAUUCCAAUCAAGUGGCCCAAAAGCAGAGAUCAGGUAUGGAGGGCAAAUAUACCUCAUACUCAUCUUGCAACUGAGAAAUCUGACCAGAGAUGGAUGGUUGUAAAAGGUGAAAAGAUAGCUUUUCCUGGUGGAGGAACUCACUUCCAUCGUGGUGCUGACAAAUAUAUUGCAUCAAUUGCCAAUAUGCUCAACUUUCCAAACAAUAUCAUAAAUGACGAGGGAAGACUACGCAAUGUUAUUGAUGUUGGCUGUGGUGUUGCAAGCUUUGGAGGAUAUCUUCUUUCUUCUGAUGUAAUAGCAAUGUCCUUGGCACCAAAUGAUGUUCAUGAAAACCAAAUACAAUUUGCUUUAGAAAGAGGAAUACCGGCAUAUCUUGGUGUCUUGGGGACUUUAAGACUCCCUUACCCUAGUAGAUCUUUUGAACUUGCCCAUUGCUCUCGCUGUAGAAUUGAUUGGCUUCAAAGAGAUGGCAUACUUCUUCUUGAGCUAGAUCGGUUACUCAGGCCAGGAGGCUACUUUGCAUACUCUUCUCCUGAAGCCUAUGCUCAGGAUGAAGAGGAUCGAAGAAUUUGGAAAGCAAUGAAUGCUCUUGUAGGGCAGAUGUGUUGGAAAAUUGCUGCUAAGCAGAACCAAACUGUCAUAUGGGUCAAGCCUCUUACAAAUGAAUGCUACUUACAAAGAGAGCCUGAUACUCAACCUCCACUCUGCAGUCCUGAUGAUGAUCCUGAUGCUGUUUGGGGAGUUAAAAUGAAAGCUUGCAUCACGCGUUACUCUAAUCAGAUGCACAGGGCAAGAGGAUCUGGUUUGGCUCCUUGGCCAGCUCGAUUGAUUACUCCGCCUCCGCGUCUUGCUGACUUUAACUAUUCUACUGAAAUGUUUGUAAAGGACAUGGAAUAUUGGCACCAAGAAGUUGCUAAUUACUGGAAAAUGCUAGGCAAUAAAAUUAAGUCUGACACAAUUCGGAAUGUGAUGGACAUGAAGGCAAGUUUGGGCUCAUUUGCAGCUGCUUUAAAGGACAAAGAUGUUUGGACUAUGAACGUGGUGCCAGAAAAUGGACCAAACACACUCAAUAUCAUAUAUGACAGAGGGCUGUUGGGAACGGUUCACAACUGGUGUGAAGCAUUUUCGACCUACCCUAGAACUUAUGACUUACUCCAUGCAUGGGAUAUAUUUUCUGAUAUCAUUGAGAAAGAAUGCAGUCCAGCGGAUUUAUUGAUUGAGAUGGAUAGAAUCCUGAGGCCUAAAGGUUUCGUCAUUGUCCAUGAUAAGCGGUCAGUGGUGUUGUUUAUAAAGAAGUUCUUGCCAGCAUUGCACUGGAUUUCAGUAGCCACAUCUAAUCUAGAGAAAGACUUAGACCAAGGCAAAGAUGAUGCAGUGUUGAUCAUUCAGAAGAAGAUUUGGUUGACAAGUGAGAGCAUCCGGGUUUCAGAAUAA